AAUACGUCAUCAUACGCCACCUAGAACGAUAAAAGAUGGCGAGUGUUGUGGUUUGUUAAAAUGUUUGUGUAUCUAAUAAAAAUAUAUUAAUGUUAUUAAUUUAAUUCUCAUAUUAACAUUAGAUUAAAUAAAUCUUUAUUGAAAACAUCCAGUUGUAUAGCGUAUUACGAUAUUUUAAGAUAUAUAUAUAUAUAUAACAUUCAACGAAAUGGAUAAAGUAUCUUUGGAUGAUGAACCCGCGGUAAAUUUUAAAACAGCUACAUUAGAAAUUGCAAAAGAUCCAGAAGGAAGCGAAGGCUCUUCUGCUACAAAGAUAGAUACAGAAGAUAGCUCUAAAACUGCAGAACAAACUUCAUUUCCUAAAGAUAUUUCAUAUGUUCCAUUUAAAAAUGUGGACGUGCAUACUUUCUUUACUGACAGAAAAGAAGUUGUAGAACGUGCAAUAAAAGAUUGUCAUAAGUUUUUAAAGGAGAUCAGUAGUGAUGAUAUUAUUGGAAGUUGGCUUUUAACAGAAAUAAGUAUAUGGGACACAGAAAAAGAAAGACUUGUAUUACUUACAACUAAAUAUCUUUAUUCUAUGAAAUAUGAUUUUAUUUCAUUAAAAAUAUUAGAGUACAGUCAAGUACCCUUAAUAAAUCUGGACACAGUAGUUAUAGGUGAACUGAUUUAUCCUUCAUCAUCCCUUACACCACGAUUAAAUGGUUUGGCAGAAGUUAUGUCAUACGUAAUUAAUUGUGCCGUACGUCAAGAAUGGUCAUCACUCACUACAUGUUCCAAUCUUACACAAUUUGAGCCUAGAAAGCGACAUAUGUUAGGAAUACGGCUUAUGUGGAAUAAAGGACAUCCAUUAUCUCUGAGUAAAAAAUGGAAUCCAUUUGCAAAAAAUAUACCAUGGCUUACAUAUGCCAGUCAUCCAUUAUUUUGGCAUAGAGGUUCUGAAAUGGACAAGGCAAAAUUCGAUGUAGAAGCUAUGCAUGCAGCAGUUCUAAGUUUGUUACCAGAAGAAUGCAAUAUGGUUACUGGAUCUAUAAUUGUAGAGAAUUAUUGUGGCAUUGGUGCAUUAGUACAUAAUAGAAAUGCUUUAGGUUUCUUUAAAGUUCGAGGUAAAGUAAGCUUUUAAAAGCAGUAAAGAUUUAUUUCGAAAUAUUUAAAUCUAAUUCAAUUAUUACCAUGAGUACUAAGAGAAUUAUAAGUACUAUAGAUCGUCAUCCUUCUAUUUUUACAUUAAUAUUUCAAUAUCUAUAUGUAUAUCUGUAUUUAAAAUUAAUACAGUACUAUUUUACUACUAGUCACAUGCCUAUAAAAUGUUUAAUAAUUUAAUGCAAUAAAGUGAAAAUAGUUUUCAUUUUGAUAAAAUAUAAAAGCGUAAGGGAGGAAAAAGAAGCAUUUAAUAUGAUAUAUUAAAAUUAUUAGCAUAAACUUU